AUGACUAGGGGACGUAUUGAACUUGGGGAUAUUACUUCCCAUAACAUCAAACAGCUGAAGCGUCUGAAUCAAUUUGUUUUUCCAGUCACAUACAAUGAUAAAUUUUAUAAAGAUGUCUUAGAAGUUGGUGAACUAGCAAAACUAGCAUAUUUUAAUGAUAUAGUGGUUGGUGCUGUCUGUUGUCGAGUAGAUAACUCUGUUAGCCAACGAAGAUUAUAUAUUAUGACACUUGGAUGCCUUUAUCCCUACAGGCGACUUGGAAUUGGUACUGUGAUGCUGGAACAUGUAUUGAAGAUAUGUGAAGAAGAUGGGAAUUUCGACAAUAAAGAUAACGUGUUAAUUUUAUCUAUUAUCCAUCUAUCAUCCAUCUAUCCAUCCAUCCAUCUCAUCCAUCUAUCCAUCCAUCUAUCUAUCCAUAUCAUCUAUAUCUCCAUCCAUCCAUCCAUCCAUCCAUCCAUCUAUCCCCAUCAUCCAUCCAUCCCAUCUAUCUCUAUCAUCCCCAUCCAUCUAUCAUCAUAUCCAUCAUCCAUCCAUCCCCAUCCAUCUCCCCAUCCCCCCAUCCAUCCAUCCAUCUAUCCAUCCAUCCCCAUCAUCCAUCUCAUCCAUCCAUCCAUCUCCCAUCCAUCCAUCCAUCUAUCUAUCCUCCAUCUAUCAUAUCCCCAUCCAUCUAUCCCCCAUCCAUCUAUCCCAUCCAUCCAUCUCUAUCUAUCAUCCCAUCAUCUCCCCAUCUAUCCAUCUAUCCAUCUAUAUCUAUCUAUCUCUAUCCAUCUAUCUCCAUCUAUCUAUCUCAUCCAUCUAUCAUCCAUCCAUCUCAUAUCUAUCUCCAUCUAUAUCUCAUCAUCUAUCUAUCUAUCUCAUCUAUCUAUCCUCUAUCCAUAUCUAUCCAUCUAUCUAUCCAUAUCUAUCUAUCCAUCCAUCUAUCUCCAUCUAUCUCUAUCUAUCUAUCUCUAUCUAUCUAUCUAUCUCUAUCUAUCUAUCUCUAUCUAUCUAUCUCUAUCUAUCUAUCUCUAUCUAUCUAUCUCUAUCUAUCUAUCUAUGCUUUUUGAUUAA